AUGUCGGUUUUAAUUGUCACCAGCGUGGGCGACAUCACGGUGGAUCUCCACACCUUUUGCUGCCCCCUCACCACCAGGAACUUUCUCAAGCUCUGCAAGAUGAAGUAUUACAAGGGGUGUUUGUUUCACAAAGUGGAGAAGGAUUUCUUGGCACAAUCCGGGGACCCAACUGGAACAGGCAGCGGAGGUGAUUCUGUGUACAAGUUCCUUUAUGGUGAUCAAGCUCGAUUUUUCAGUGAUGAGAUCCGCCCAAAAUUGAGGCAUUCACGAAUUGGCACGGUUGCUAUGGCAAGUGCAGGUGAAAACUGCAAUGCCUCGCAGUUCUACAUCACCUUGCGCGCCGAUAUUGACUACCUUGAUGAUAAACACACCGUGUUUGGGAUCGUUGCUGAAGGUCUUGACACACUGAAGAAGAUGAAUGAAGCAUAUGUUGAUGACAGGAAAAGACCAUUCAAGGACAUUAGGAUUAAGCAUACAUAUAUCUUGGACGAUCCAUUCAGUGAUCCUCCUCAGCUUGCUAAAUUUAUUCUUGAAAGUUCUCCCAUUGGGAAGCCACGUGAUGAGGUUGCAGAAGAGCGGUUAGACGACGGUUGGAUGCCUUCCGAUGAAACAACGACUCCUAAACAGCUGGAGGAGAUGAUCCGCUCCAAAGAAGCACAUGCUAACGCAGUGAUCCUUGAAAGUGUUGGAGACAUUCCAGACGCUGACGUCAAACCACCGGACAAUGUCUUAUUUGUAGCCAAACUCAAUCCGAUAACACGAGAUGAAGAUUUGUAUACAAUCUUUUCUCGAUUUGGAACUGUGGAAUCAGCUGAAAUAAUUCGUGAUUACAAGACUGGAGAUAGCUUGUGCUAUGCCUUCAUUGAAUUUGAGACAAAAGAAGCUUGUGAACGUUCACGUGUCGAUAUGGACAACUGUCUCAUUGACGACCGGAGGAUCCAUGUUGAUUUCAGUCAAAGCGUUUCAAAAUUGUGGUGUCAGUUCAGAAAUAGCGAACCAGGUGCAAAAAAAGAUGGUUGGUUCAGGCGUGGUCGAGAUAGAGAUCAAGGUGUUGAGCGAAAAACCAAAGGCCAUGUUCUAAAAGAUGAGAACACUCAACGAGAUGGCUGCAAUAACCGUCGAAGUUACGAUAUGGUCUUUCAGGAGCCCGGUGCCCAUCAGCAAGAUCGAUAUGCUAGUCGAAGAAAAAUUCAAAAAGUGAAUGGUCAGGAUAGAUACAAUGAUCAUGGCAACAGAAAAUAAAAAAGCAGGAGCAGAAACAAGGAAGACGGUGAAUAUUAUAACAGUUGUGCUAAGUUGUCUCAUUCUUGGUUAGAGAUAAUUAAGUUGAUUCUUUAGCCGUUGGAGAUGAUUUGUGAUUUAAGAUUUGAAACGGAAGAUCAGAAAAGAAGGAUGGAAUGAGAUAUACAUAGGACUCUGAUUCGUCAAUUUAGAUUUAAGUUUUUUGCUUACAAAUCAGGCAACUUAGGUAACCACACCCAUAUUAUAAACAGCCACCGGGAGGUUAUCGAUAUGGCAGGGAUAAAUCAGAUGACAAGAAUAUUAUUAUCUUGCAGCAAACUCAUUUUACAAUCUCAAAUUAACCUGUUGCUGUCAAUUGGAACUGACCAUUUUGCACUUGAUAAGAAAUACAAAUAUGUUUCUAUUUUUUAUUAAUUAGGUAUAUAUUCCAGUGUAAUUUUGCAGAUUCAAAAAUACCGAUGCAAUUUUCAUACUUCGAAAAGGCCAUUCAAUUUUGCUAAUAGUUACGGCAAAGACAUACUCCCUCCGAUUCAUAAUUAGUGUCAGGAAUUUUAUACAAAUUUGUAGUAAAUAUCUUGCAUUUAUUAUGAAUCGGAGGGAGUAUAAACUAAGUUAAACUACGACUUAAUAUCAUUUGCAGCAUACGGAGGCAUUUCGAACUUCUAACACCAACUAUAGACCUGACCGCAAAAACAAAAACAAAAAACCACCAACCAUAUAUCCACCAGUUGCCCCCGAAAACACCAUUGCCAAACAGUUUCACCAGUUGUCCCAAAAAACACCAUUGCCAAACAGUUUCACCAGUUGUCCCAGAAAACACCAUUGCCAAACAGUUUCAUUGUCCACUUACAUCUCACGGACGGUAGGAUGCAUGAUGUACCAUUGACCGUGCACGUUGCAGACACCAGAUGCCCAAUCCAAAAAACUGAACUCAGAUGGGUAGGCUGAAAAACCAUGAGCCU